AAUCUAGGGUUUACUGCUGCAAGCGAUUAGAGAGAGAGAGCUCUUACAAGAACAAUCAGCUUGUUGCCGCCCCCUCUCGCCGUCGCUGCCUCAAUCUCUCUCGCAACCAUGAUCAUUUCCGAGAAGAACCGUCGUGAAAUCUCCAAGUACCUCUUCCAAGAGGGAGUUUGCUAUGCCAAGAAGGACUAUAAUCUGGCAAAGCAUCCAGAGAUCGAUGUGCCGAACUUGCAGGUGAUUAAGCUAAUGCAGAGCUUCAAGUCAAAGGCUUAUGUGCGUGAGACCUUUGCUUGGAUGCACUACUACUGGUACCUCACAAACGAUGGCAUUGAGUUCCUCAGAACUUACCUCAACCUCCCUUCCGAAAUCGUCCCUGCCACUUUGAAGAAACAGGCCAAGCCUGCUGGCCGCCCCUUCGGCCCAUCCGGCGAUCGCUCCCGUGGCCCACCUCGUUUUGAUGGAGAGCGGAGAUUUGGUGACCGAGAUGGGUACCGUGCUGGUCCCCGUGCACCUGGUGGUGACUUUGGUGACAAAGGUGGAGCUCCUGCUGACUACAAACCUAGCUUUGGGGGUCCUGGUGGAAGGCCAGGCUUUGGUCGUGGUGCUGGUGGUUUUGGUGGGGGCGCAGCUAGCUCAAAUCAUCCUUGAGUGUGAUUAUUCCUACUAUUUUGAAUGGUUUUGACAUUAAAAGUUUUCUAGCCGAGUAAAGAGUGAAUUUGACUGGCUGCACAUGGGAGUUAAAUAGCAGUUUGUUUUCAUUGCUCUAGUGUUUGAGAAUAUUAGCUGACGGAUUUGAAAUAGUUACUAUUUAUUUUUCCUGUUCUUUUAAUAACUACAUUUUCUCAAUUCGUCAUCAUAUUAUAUUCAGUUUUUGGCUGUCGUGUUUUCA